AUGUCAGAUGUAAAUAAAAUAAGAACUUAUAAAUAAAGAACUUCUGUUCAAUCAAAAAGUUAAAAGUUAAAUUCAGAAAGGUUAAAUAAUAUAAAUAAAUUAUAUUAGACGAUCUCUUAAUACAGAUUUGAAUAAUUAUGUUCCAAAAUAACCUACAUGGACAUAAAAGUGUUUAAAAAAUACUAAAAGAAGUUCAUUCAAUGAUUCAAUAGAAUAAGACAAAAGAGGAUCUAUGAGUACUGUAGCCACAUUAACAACAAUGAGCACAGAUUUUUAAGUAUAAGAUGAUGAUCCAAUUGAAGAAAUGACUUCUUCUAGUGAUGAAUCUUAAAGUAAUAUAAAAUUCAAGACAGAAAUGUGUAAAAAUUGGAGUCUUCUUGGUAAAUGCAAUUAUAGUAAUAAAUGUUAAUUUGCACAUGGUGAAAAUGAGAAAAUAAGUAGACAAUCUAAUAUAAAAUAUAAAUCUAAAUUAUGUAGAUCAUUUCAUUAAGAAUAUGUUAUAUCUAUUAAUAUAAUUAGGUUUGUUUUUAUGGAGCUAGAUGUUAAUUUAUUCAUGAAAGUAGAAGUGUAGAACAAAUUAAGAAAGAUUACAAAUCUUAAACAGUUUUUUAUUAACCAAGUUCGUAUUAAUUAAGAUUGAAAUCUCUAUAAUCAAUUACAAGUGAUUGGAAAUAAUAAAUUCCAUUUUAAGAAUGCUUAAAAUAAUGGAUGACAAAAUUAUUAAUUUAAAUCAAUCUUUCUUCAAGUAGUGAAUGA